AUGGAAGAAAAUGCCCACCGAGACCCAGAGCGCCCCGGCGACUCCAUCCGAGGCGAGGAGUCCAACCGGGUCAUCCUGCCUCUCCUCCAGGCCCCUGGCAACCAGCAGUCCCACAGGAUCACCAACUUUUACAUCGACAACAUUUUAAGACCCGAUUUCGGGCGAAAGGGGAAGGACGGGGCUUUGGUCCUGGAGGGAGACAGUCUGGGGGUUAUUACACGAAGAGAAGAGCUGACACAGAGAAAGGCUUCCAAAACUGGCAAUUCACAGCAGGGUGGAACAAGAGGAGAGGAGGAUGAGGACGCGGGAGCAUCCGACGGGCAGCAUCCGGACCUUGAGGACAGGAGGCCUGACGUGAUAGCCGGAGCUGUGGCUUCAGACCGCCCGUCCUCAGGGCCAAGAUCCCGGAAACCAAAGAAGGAACCAGCUCCGAGUAAAGAGGACAAGCGACCCCGGACAGCCUUCACCGCCGAGCAGCUCCACCAGUUAAAAACUGAGUUCCAGAACAACCGGUACUUGACUGAGCAACGGAGGCAGAGUCUGGCCCAGGACCUUGGCCUCAACGAGUCUCAGAUCAAAAUAUGGUUUCAGAAUAAACGGGCCAAAAUCAAGAAAGCCUCUGGGAAUAAAAACUCUUUGGCACUUCACCUUAUGGCACAGGGACUGUACAAUCACUCCACUGCCAAGGAAGCAAAGUUGGAUAGUGACUAGAGGAUACACAGGAAGAGAGGGAGUUCUGAACCAUGCAAUGAAAUCAGUACCAGCAUUCUUAUUUAAUACUCAAGCAGAGACGAUAUUGUGACAUUGUGUUUGUCUUCGGUGUGUGGGUGCAGGCUGCUAAGUGAAAUUUCAUGUUUGGCACAAAAGGACCACAUUUCAGAAUAAAGUAUAGCCUAGAUUAUUUGAUGGCACUGAU